AGGAAGUGUACAUGACGUCAUCACCACGCACCGUGCAUGCUGGGGAAAACGUGUAGCCACGCUGUCACAUCGGGCUGUUUAAAUACCAGCGCGAACCACCAUGGAGUACAUUCAAGCUCCAGCUACCUCUAGUCAGGGGAACAUCCUCUGCUGCACAUGUGGGAUCCCCAUCCCCCCCAACCCAGCCAACAUGUGUGUGUCCUGCCUGAGGACGCAGGUGGACAUCUCUGAAGGCAUCCCCAAGCAGGUCACCGUGCACUUCUGCAAGCAGUGCGAGAGGUACUUGCAGCCCCCACAGACAUGGAUGCAUUGUGCGCUGGAGUCCAGAGAGCUACUCGCCCUGUGCCUCAAGAAGCUCAAAGCGUCCAUGACCAAGGUGCGAUUGAUUGACGCCGGCUUCCUGUUCACUGAGCCGCACUCCAAAAGGAUUAAGCUCAAGCUGACCAUUCAGAAAGAGGUGAUGAACGGAGCGAUCCUGCAGCAGGUGUUUGUGGUGGAGUUUGUGAUCCAGUCCCAGAUGUGCAGCGACUGCCACCGCGUGGAGGCCAAAGACUUCUGGAAGGCCGUGGUGCAGGUCCGGCAGAAGACUGUGCACAAGAAGACCUUCUACUACCUGGAACAGAUGAUUCUAAAGCACAAUCUGCAUCAGAACACGCUGCGCAUCAAAGAGAUCCACGAUGGGCUGGACUUCUACUUCGGCACCAAGCAGCACGGUCAGAAGAUGGUGGACUUCCUGCAGUGCACCGUCCCCUGCAGGACAAAGGCAUCCCAGCGCCUGAUCUCUCAUGAUGUUCACACAAACGAGUACAACUACAAGAGCGCCUUCUCUGUGGAGAUUGUGCCCGUCUGCAAGGACAACGUGGUGUGCCUGUCACCGCGUCUGGCGCAGAGCCUGGGCAACAUGAGCCAGGUGUGUGUGUGCACGCGCGUCACCAGCACCAUCCACCUCAUCAGCCCCAGCACCCUACAGAUUGCUGAAGUGGACGCUAACACAUACUGGCGCUAUCCCUUCAACAGCCUGUGCAACCCCAAACAGCUGGAGGAGUUCAUCGUCAUGGAGAUUGACAUCAUAAGAGACCAGAAACUAGGGGCGGGAGCAGGCCUCACAUCCAAUAAGCAUGUUCUGGCGGAGGUGUGGGUGCAGAAGGUGUCGGAGAUGAACACCAGUCAGCAGUACUUCUGCCGUACCUACAUGGGACACCUGCUCAACAUUGGAGACAUGGUGAUGGGUUUUGAUUUUGCAAAUUCCAACAUCAAUGAUGAGCACUGGAACAAGAUAAAUCCCCAACAUCUGCCUGAUGUGAUUCUCAUUAAGAAGAGCUACGACCGCAUGAAGAGGGUGAAACGCAGGAACUGGAAGCUGAAGGAACUGGACAGAGACAGAGAAGGCAUGCCCUCAGAUGACGAGAGGCAAUACCAGGACUUCCUGGAGGAUCUGGAGGAGGAUGAAGGUCUGAGGAAGAACGUCAACAUCUUCAGAGACGCAAACAAGCUGCCGGUGGAGAGCGACACCGAUGACGACGGCGCUCCGAGGAUCUCUCUGGCCGAGAUGCUGGAGGAGCUCACGCUGAACGACGCCACGGGGGGAGAGGGCGCCGACAUGAUGACCGAAUGAAAGCGCCCACCGCAGUGCCCAUCAGCAAUCGAUUACUCUGGCCUGAUCUGAUCUGGCCUCUCUGACUUCUGGUCCACUCCUGGCAGCCUGGGACUUGUAGGCGUAUCAUCAUAACAUUCUGUGUGAAGUGGUUGUUAUGCCAACAUAAUGCAGCCACACAUGGCUGGCUCCCGUGUAUUGAAUAUACAUCCAUUCAUAGGAUGUUCAAAUAUGACAUAACCGCAUCGCCCGAUGUCAGGCAAAACACUAGCAGAAAUGGUGUGUGAGUGCUUUGCUGAAUAACCGUUUUGACAUCACACAAUAAAAUGAUAA